CUUCUCUAUCCUGUUUUUUGUUGAGACUAAACAUGUACAAUUCAUGUAGGUUUUGUACCAUGUUAUACAUAUGGAGUACUUUGCAUGCGACAUAGUAUGAACCAGAUUCUUGGACAAGUUUCAUUUGCAUUUCAGGUAUUUUCUCUCUUUACUUUCUUUUUUUAUUUUCCCCCCACCCUUCUACGGACUCUUUCCGUCCUUAGAUGUUCAAAUUGCGGUCUGUCUACUGAAGCCCGAUCGCGUUGUGCACUUGCUGCCCAGCAGCGGUAAAGCCCAGCAACCGAAUGUUGCCCAACAAUCAUUGUUUUUUGGUCGAUGGAGAUGGUGGGUAUAAUUUAUACUGUGGGUGUUUAUGACAGAAAAGGUCCCACUGAACUAAAAACCCCUCUAGACGAGCUUGUUUAUCUGGAACC